GAAGACGAAGCAUUCACGGAUAUCACGAGUCCCGGAAUGCGAGAGCCAUCCAAAAUCGGUUUGGAGUUCAUUUUUCUCCCUGCCUUCCUUGCAAGAAAAGUUGAAAGAAAACCAUGGGAGCGGAGAAAGACCACGAGGAAGAGGACGGCAGUUCCUCCAUGGAAGUGGAUCAAGAAGAUCAAGAAGAAGAAGAAUUGGAAGAAUCAGUACCCAUUAACACUGCUCCUCAAGAAAACGAGAAUGACAAUAACGAUGGUGGUUUCACAUUUUCCAAAUCUUGGGCCAUUGACAAGGCUCAUGUCCCCAUUUACACGGGAGGAAAGAUAUCGCCUCUCUACUUGAAGAAUUCAUCGGAUGACGUUCUUUCUUGUAUAAUUCUUCCAGUCGAUGGAGACUUGGUCGUUGUGGAUGCACAACGAGGAACCAAACUGGGAUCUGUCCGAGAAAGAACAGAUACCAAUGAAGAUGACGAAGAUGAUGAAGGUCUCGAUCGAGAUGCCAUUACUGCAUAUGCUCUAUCAUCCUCCAAUUCUCUCGUCACCUGCAGUCGAAAUCAUCUCAUGCAACAAUACGAAAUCAAACUAGUCCAAGACGAUGACGACAACAACAACGAUACUGUACAAGUCACACUUCAGAAAAAGUGGGGACGUUCAGGCCACUCCCUUCCCGUCACGGAAAUGGAAUUCCAUACAUCGGGAACCUUUGUCGCUACAGCGUCCAUUGAUGGAACUUGCCGCAUUUUUGACGCCAGACCUGGUCAUGUCACACAUAUCUACAGACCCAUUGCUGGAGGGGAAUCGGGACGACACGGGGUUUCCUCCAUUGCAUGGAUGAAGGAUACUACCCAUCUUGUCAUUGCCAUUGGAAGAGAUGACGGAAGUAUUGCCAUUCAUGAUCUUCGGGAUCAAGACAUGAAACGAGUCGUCGUCACCAGAGAA